CGGACUCCGGAGUGAUGGUCAUGGAAUUAGGGUUUGUUACAAGUCCGACGAGCAAGCAAUCAUGAGAAGACAGUCAACUGCUCGAACAUUCAAAACCAAUCCUAAAAACCGAGCGACGAUCCCGAAACCUCCAUUAAACGUAGCCGCCAUUUCUGAAAAUCGCGGAUCCAUCGACCAAAAUGUCUCAGAUAUGAACAAGGCGAAGAGAGUGAAAUUCACGCUUCCUGAACAGACCCAGCCGCCGAGAACUGAUGCUCCAAAGACCUCAGAAUUUGCAUUUUUUAAGAAAUUGAAGGAGGACAUUGGCGGUUAUUAUUCUCGCCCGCUGCAUAAAGAUGGUACUUAUCAACCGAAGGCUUCAACAGCGAAUGAUCGAAACAGCACAGAUACUUCCACCCCUCCGAACAUGCUCAAAUAUGCUGAUAGAAACCUGAGAUCUUCGCUUCGAUCAGAAAGUGAAAGACCAAUUGGCCAAUUCUCAUUCCUCUCACCACCAAUGCAUGCUGAACCUAAUGAUGUCUAUGGACUAAAUAGUAGAGAAGAUGAAUUCAAAGGGAUCAAACAGAGGUCCUCCUUUGCUUGCACUAAUGUUACACCUGACGGUAAAAAUUUGGUGCUCUCUCCCUUUGCCAGGGCAUCAAAUCACUCAGGGAAUCAGAAUGCUGGCACUGGAAUUUUUUCAAUCAAGAGACAGAAAUUACGUCAAUUGGUUGCAGAUACAUUUCCCGUAGUUGGACAAUGCAGUUCUAACUGGUUUGACUUGGCUUCUGUACUGCUCAAUCGCCUCCUUCCUAAUGGCAACAAGAAAGCGCGCUGCCAAGAAGGGGUGCUUGACACCAAUUAUAGGUUAGCUGCUGUCCCUGGAUUAGAUGCUGAAGAGGAAAUUCAGACAAGAAAUACAACUGAAUUUGAAUAUACAUCACGUUGGACUGAUUAUUUUCCCGAAUAUUGGUCUGGCCAUCCACCAGACAGUGUUCUCUCUAAGUGGGAUGUCAGCGCUUCCAACAUUCCUUUAAUAGGAUGCAAUGCAGAAACUUAUUUCCUCGAUGAAAAGGUGAAUUUGAAUCGUUGUUUCGAUGAUAAAGCUAUGAAAAGUUUGUUCAGAGCUAGAGAUCCAUCUUGUUGCCUGUCUUCUCAUAAUUAUGAAUCUGUUAGUUCUGAUCAUUUGCAAGAAUUGGACGGAGUCCAUAAUUCUAAUGAACCUCGGAGAAGAGAACCACGAAGUCUUUUGCUUCGCUGGGAUGUAGACGAGGAGAAAGAGCCGACCUUUUGUUCGGCAGUGGCAACAUCGUCAGGUGUUGCUUACCAGCAGACAUUUGAUGAUAGCCUUGAUGCAACUAAUAUUGAAAAUACAUCUAUUUUGUGUUCAGAUUAUACUCUGGCGUCCAAUUUGUUGUCAUGUACUCAUUCAACCGGUGCUCACUGGCAUGAAAAUCAAAGGGAUCGUCAAGAAAAUUAUGCAGUUGUAGCAGCCAACCAGUUCCGAUCAUUUAACCCACAGGAUUUUAUUAUGGCACAACAUCGGGAUACUUGUGUCCUUCUCGAGGAGCAAAUUAUUGGCCUCGAUUGCCAAGAGGAAUCCGGCAGGAAGGAUCAUUCUGAAGCACUCCUAUUUUCUGGAGGAUGGAACUAUGAUUUAGGAUGGGAACGCUCAUCAUUGAGCGAGUUCUAUGGCAAAGACCGUUCAUCUCACAGUCGCAUUUUUCACUUUCCUUUCGAAAAAGGUAUAAAUUCAUUUGACAUUGAGGAGGGCCGUUUAUACAGCCCAAAACAAAGAAAAGCCAUUGCUACUUUUUCAGAGGGUGCGUUUGAUAUUCCGAAUUGGUUCUCUGCUAAUUUACACGCGCCUCUUGGCAAACUGCUGGGCCACUCACUGCUGCUGGAUAAUUCAGGCAGAGUUAGAUCAGAAGAGGAGAUUAAUUUUGAUGAUGAUAACCAAUGGAAAUCUUCCUGAAGAUCUCCGCUCAGCUCAGUGGGCCCUCGUGUUUUUAGUAAGAUCAUUUCAAUAAGAGAAUUUUGUGGAUUGCUAGCUAAUGAAGGUAGGUAAUUCUUGAUUGAUAGUUGCAUUGUUCAUUGACGGUCAUAAUGUUGUGGACCAAGGAUCAUAAAGCUACCAUUAAAACUGACGUAAUGCCAUGCUUAGGUCUCUCAACGUC